AUGUCCAACAGCAGCACCAUCACCCAGUUCCUCCUCCUAGUGUUUGCAGACAUGCGGGAGCUGCAGCUCUUGCACUUCUGGCUCUUCCUGGGCAUCUACCUGGUUGCCCUCCUGGGCAACGGACUCAUCAUCGCUGUGGUAGCCUGUGACAAACACCUCCACACACCCAUGUACUUCUUCCUCUUCAACCUUUCCCUCCUUGACCUGGCCUCCAUCUCCACCACUCUCCCCAAAGCCAUGGCCAAUUCCCUCUGGGACACCAGGGCCAUCUCCUACUCAGGAUGUGCUGCAGAGACCUUUCUGUUUUCCUUCUUGCUUGGAGUAGAGUAUUUUCUUCUUACAGUCAUGGCCUAUGACCGCUAUGUUGCCAUCUGCAAAUGCAUGCACUAUGGGACCCUCCUGAGCAGCAGAGCUUGUGUCCAUAUGGCAGCAGCUGCCUGGGGCAGUGGGUUUGUCAAUGCUCUGCUGCACACUGCCAACACAUUUUCACUACCCCUCUGUCGCGGAUGGAGCAAUGCCCUGGACCAGUUCUUCUGUGAACUUCCCCAGAUCCUCAAGCUCUCCUGCUCCGACACCUACCUCAGUGAAGUUGGGCUUAUUGUGGUCAGUGCCUGUUUAGUCUUUGGGUGUUUUGUUUCCAUUGUGGUGUCCUAUGUGCAGAUCUUCAGGGUCGUGCUGAGGAUCCCCUCUCAGCAGGGACAGCACAAAGCCUUUUCCACGUGCCUCCCUCACCUGACACUGGUCUCCCUGUUUGUCAGCACCUCAUUUUUUGCCUCCCUGAAGCCCCCCUCAAUCUCCUCUCCUUUCCUGGAUCUACUGGUGACAGUAUUGUACUCAGUGUGGCCUCCAAUAUUGAACCCCCUCAUUUACAGCAUGAGGAACCAGGAGCUCAGGGACGCAGUGAAGAAGCUAAUUCAAUCUAUUAUUUUGCAGCAGCAAUAA